AUGGCCGCAUCAGCACAAACUGCUACUCUUCCGGAUGCCGGGAUGAUUCGGCACGAUGGAUACGCAAUCAACUUGCCUCAGCCACGCUCUCCAGGUACACAUUCCGGACACCAUCCCCGUGACGUUUUCUAUCGGCACUAUCCUUCCGCCCAUUUUCCUGGGAAGUUCGAGCCUCCCGAAUAUCCAUUCAUUUUUCCUACUUUAAACCCUACCGAGUCGCAUUUUGGCUCAUCGCCGGACGAGAAAACGCUACAUAACAGUCGAACCCCCUACCUCAGUCCAUCUAUCGAUAGUUCGUAUGCCCCAUUCCCCUCGCCGCCUUCUUAUCCGCCAUUGGUUCAAGAGCCUCGCCUUUGUCAUGGUGAAAGCUAUUCCGAAUAUCCAACAUUUCGAAUGUCCCACGCAUCCCUGAGUGAAGAUCCUGUACCAAACCGUGCCGAAUACAAUUCACAGCCGCUACCUCAUCAUUCCCAUCAACCCCCAUCACUGCCUGCUCAACCUGAUAGCUUCGCUCCUUACCCCACGGAAUUGAAUUCGCCUGAUUAUUACCGUCCUCAUAUGCAUGCUUUGCAGUAUCCGUACUAUCAGCACCCACCCCGGACUCUCAGCUCAUCUGAAAUUCACCAGGCUCCCAUGAAUAGUGAAUAUCACCACCGUGGUUCUUCUGCUCAGACUCAAAAUUCCGAAAGGCCAUUCAAGUGUGCUACUUGUCCUGCUGGGUUCAACCGCAAUCACGAUCUGAAGCGUCACACCAGAAUCCACCUAGCUGUCAAACCAUUUCCAUGUGGCUGGUGCGAAAAGUCUUUCUCCCGCAAGGACGCCUUGAAGCGACAUCUAUUGGUGAAAGGUUGCGCAGGUAAUGACAAAACAUCUGUAGAUGAAAGCAUUCGAAGAGCUGAGGCGUCGAAACUCAAAAAACCUCGCGCAGGGGACCCUUCGAGGCUCACUCUCCCUUUCUCGGCUAACUCGAUCUCACCCCAGAUGAACCAACAUCUUGAAGAAAGCACCCGAAGCCCCAUCGAGGAAUCUAGCUUCCUCUCCGGUUCUUCAACCAGCGAGGAUCGUCCAUCUUUAUUGAGCAAUGGUGAAUCCGAUGUUUCAAGAUACGAUCAGUCAGAUCGGCUCCCUAAGCUUUCGCAUCUUAGUGAAGGUGGACCAGUCAAUGAUCGAUUUGCUCCGUAUGUUCGGCCAGCACCCUAUCACCAUCGCUCACAGCCUAACAUAAUGGCGUAUGGGCGUGAUUCAUGGCAAUCUUCAGAUUUUAAACCUAGCGGAUACAAUUCUUUGAAUGAAGCUACUGCUGUUUUACCGCCGCCGAGAUCGUCAGAGCUUCCGCCCACCAGCUCCAUUUCUAACUUACUGGAUGGGCCUGACUAUGGAGUAGAAUUUAGAGCUGCCUACUCAUGUCCGAAUCGCUCUGGUACAACUCCGCUCUAUUCACACCCCUCAACUCCUGUCUCGUACCCUCAAUCGAACACUUUCUCUGGUGAAGAAUAUACCCGACCACUAUACCACUCCACCCCUAGAUCUCAUACAAGCGAUUCCAUUUGCUCCUCCAGCACCAUGACAACGUCCAACCCCGCCAUCAAAUCUGAAUCGCCAACUGCCACUUCACAGCUGCAAAAUUCUCCUAGCCCUCCCAUCACACCCAAUCGGGUCAACAUCCUGAACGACACAAAACCGAUCAUCGCAACGGAAGCACCUUGUAAUGAGACGACAUCACCAGACGAAUACGCAAUUGAUAUCAAAAGGGAGCGAAUCUCACGAUCACCCACUCCACAAGAAUUCCCAUGUAUUUCAAGCAUCCGUUGCCGACCUAAUUGA